CGUCCACCAAGUCUUCCGGGAUAGUACGAAACAAGACCACUGAUAAGUAGAAGUACAAAAAAGAAAAAGCCAUGCGCUCGUAUAAAGUCCGUGGCUCGUUGCUGCUCCGAGUGGUUGCGUCCGCCUGCUUAGUUGCCGUGUCUUUAUUGCCGGAAUGGACGGCCAUUAUAUGCAGCUUCCUGACAACUACGCGAGUCUUCCUUCCAGGCAGUUUUACUUUCGCGCAUGCUGCAAAAGUGACGGACCUUGCGCGAGAAGACGGAGAUGAACCAAAGCAGGAGUACUUGCUGCCACGACCCAUCCCGGUGUUGCUUGGCGCAACGUCAUCUUCACAUGGGGCAAAGAAGUCAGAAUAUUAUGCGCGAAGGUUGUAUGCAUCCAAAAAUCCACGACCCGCCCGCCUUUCCAGUGCGGCUUUGGCAUUGCAGCGGCAGAGCAAGGUCCUGGCCCAGUUAGAAUUUGAGAACCCGGCGGCGUUUAAGCUGCAGAGCUCCAUGGAGAAAGUCGAUCCAGAAAGCGUAGGAAACGUAGUUUUCGCAGACCCGCGCAGGGGAGACGGCGCAGUGUCAAGCAGGAGCGCAACGAGUUCGCGUUCUUCCAGUAGAAAUAACUUUCCAAAGAAGGACUUGAUGCAGCACAUCCUCCACCUCUGGCAGAAGGAGCGAAUCUAUCAAAUGCAAAUAUGUCUGGGUCUGGAAGAGUGCAGGUUUUUGUCAUGCUGUUUUUGCAUGACUCAGAAGGUCUGGCAUGGAGGCCUUAGCAUCACAGAUAUCCAUAAGGUUCUGCAAUGCCUAAUCCGCAUGACAAAUGCUUUAAUUUGGUGACAGAAAGUGGGCAGCUUCUGCUCCAUAUGCAUGAGAGAUUUGUGUGUGUUGCGAAAUGCGCAUGAGAAGUUUAAUUCCUUCCUGACCCAGGCACUUUUGCAGGUGAUGGAAUUACGGAGCUGAACACCCAGGCGAAUUCCCCGAGUUUAUUACAGUGAAAAAUGUCCCCACCCCAGACCCAGAGUUGUCAUGCAAAUCUGCAUGCCAAAAAAGUUUGUCAUUCGAAGCGCCAUGAGAGGCACUUUCUAGUCGUGUUUCGGAAUUCGGGAUGCUAUAAUCAGCAUGAUAUACUAGAUCUGUAAUGCUGCUGAACUACCUAAACUGGGUUACACUACGAGGACAGACUUGUCAUGCCAAACGACCAAAGCUGGCUGAUUUGUCUAGCAGGUUUCCCAUCUUGACUCUGGUGUGGGGACGUUUUUACAAAUGAUAGAGUUCUCUGCUUUCCCAGCUCCCAAUAGAUGUCCGCCAGAAGGUGUUGCGCGACUAUCCUGUGCGAAAGCAUCGUAGUCGUACUAAUUGCAAAGAUGCAUCAUGACAAAUUUUCUUCCUAAAGUAAAACAGCAUUACAAAUUCCACUUUUCUUCUUUCCAAAAUUUGUGAUGCAAUUUAUACUAGUACGAUACUUUUGCAAUGCAUAGAGACUACGUUGCGGCAAACUUUGAGGACCCGUUUGCCGACGCGGAAUCCCCGGAGAUGCGGCGGGCGUUCGAGCAGACUCUGAAGUUUGCCGGCACCUGGCACCGGAAUAUCAAGUGCAAAAAUGUCUGGGUCUGGAAGAAUACAAACUUGUGAUGCGCAUUUCUGAACACAGAAAAAUCUCUCAUGCAUAGGCAGCAAAAGUUGCCCACUUUCUGUCACCAAAGUCAGGAAUUUGUCAUUCGGGGGAUUCGGCAUUGCGAACGCUUCUCGAAACCUGUGAUGCUAGAGCUUCCAACAUGCCAGACCUUCUGUGUCAUGCAAAAACAGCAUGGACUCUUCUAGAGCCAGACAUUUUUGCAUUUGAUACGGAACGGACUGGAGCGCAACUGUUUUGACAAGCAGGAGAAGUUUGUGGCAGACGUUUGGCGCAAAGUUUCGGAGAAGGUAUGGCCGAAAGUAGCGAGGAAACUACCUGAACAUCAAACCAACACUGGCGUACUACUACAACAAAGGUCCUCGACCACAUCAACGGCAGCAAGCGGGCAGCCGAUGCGCAAUAGUCCGACGUUUUUUCCGCAAAUGAGCCUGCAGUCGGAUCUCGCGCAGCUGGAGGAAUUCGCAGCACAGGUUCAGGGGCUCAUGCCGACGACCACGCAGGGAAGUAGUAGUACUGCAGGACAACCGACGGGAGCAGGACAUCAACCGAUGAGUCUUCAGAAUUCAUCCGGAAGUAGCGAAGCUGCUGCAAUAUUAAUUGGUACUUCUUCUUCUAGCAGCCGACGAGAGCGGCAUCCCCUUGUGACAGUGGAAGAUGAUGUUGAUCCCCGUGUUCCUGACUACGUGUUCGACGGGCACGAAGAUGAUGAGGUAGACCCAGAACUGGGUCGUGGGCAAAAUACAGCGAGAUCUUCCGCUUCUGGCACCAUGAUCCGAGAAGUGCGAGAUCCUAGUCCCAGCACUUCCAGCAGCGCUUUUACGGUGUCCAUGACAGCAAAUUCGUCAGUGUUGCUGUCGCCUAUAAUCCACCAGCAGGAAGAAAACCCGAUAUUAGAGGGGGGUCUUCUAUAUGAUCCGCACAGGAGCAUGCCCGAUCAAUCCUCGCCUGCAGGCACCUCCACCUCCGCAGCUGUUUUUUCCCCGCCUGCCCGGAGCUCGCCCAUCAGCACCAUCCCGGAAAACUCACCGCUGCAUGACGAAAACACAACAACGAGCAGGAGCUCCACCUCGAUCCUGGUUCCUAGCAAUGCCAGUGCUGCCACUGGUCCUCUCUCACCGUGGUCUACUACUACUUCCAACGGAGACGAGAGCGAGGUCGUGUCUCGUAGUAGUGCCUCAAACUAUAGUAGUACUCCACCCUCCACCUCCUCUUCCUCCCGCUUCGAGCGGGUCUUGCGGCAGGUGAUGGCCACGCCGUUGCUCUCGGCCGGCACGAUGGCCGAGGCGGAGUUACAAAUUGGCCACACCUUAACUAACAGCACGGCGGCGACUUCGAACGGGGUAGGUGGAGACGACCGUGAUAUAAUUACAGUACCGCCUGCAGAUCAACAAGAUGGCAGCAACGUUAACGGCACAACAUCCGAUCGAAAUCGCUUCCACCUGCCGCUGCCCCCGAGCCAAACUUUGUCGCUGCCGAUCCCGAAAAAUGCUGCGCAUGGCCGAGUCAUUAGUAUCGGUUCCGUAGCGCAGAACGCGAGACGCGCGUUGACGCCAAGAACCUCGAAGCAGCCACCCUGGCACCACGUCCAGAACAUUUAUCAAGAGGAGCCGCAAGAACUACCUUCACAGGACCAGCAGGAGGACUCGGCGGAAGUCUUCACGGACGAGGAUGUCAUCCAAGGCACGAAAAUGCUCUCCAACCUGUGGCGCUUCGGGCCCAAAGAUCUUUAUUUCCCGGUGCUGGCUAUUGUGCCGCGGAUGAACUUUAUCCCACGAAAAACCUGUUUCACUGUGAUGAUCUUGCAAGAUCUGCAUCACAAGUUUGUUACACAUGACACAGAAAAUUUGCCUUGCGUGCUUCCAAAGGGAAAACACCGCUCAAGAGUCAAGGUCUUGCAGUUGUGGCAAGACAAAUAGUUCUGUGUUACAUUCUAUGCAUCACAAGUUCACAGUGAAACAGUUUUUUCUUGCGAUAAACUUGAAUUCCCGAGGCUUUUCGGAGGAGGAGCAGAACAAGUGUUUUGGGCCGGACUGCUAUCCUGAGUAAAAACGUCCCCACACCAGAGUCAAGAUUGGGAUCUCGCAACACAGGUCGAGAAGUUUUGGGAGUCACGCAUGACAAGUUCCUCUCUGUAUUGUAGUGCUGUUUAGCAAGUGCAGCCGCAUCACAAAACCAUCUACUCAUCCGGUUUUCAGCAUUACAAAGUCCAAAACGCGAUUGGAAAUGCUUCUCAUGGGGAUGCGCAUUACAAAUCUUCCUUUCAUUGCAAAUCUGCAUGACAACUAUGGGGUGGGGACGUUUUUACUCAGGAUAACUGGGAAAAGCACGUGAUCGUUGUUGACGCGGACGAGGACACCUGCGACACAUUUGACACAACCACCACGAAUAGUCUAACGUUAGCCGGUAUGCAUUGCAAAUAUGUCUGGGUCUGGAAGAAUGCAUGUUUGUCAUGCGUAUCUGGCAUGACUGUUAAAUCUGUCAUGCACAUUAAACCAGAGCGGCCCCAUUGUUCUGUCAUGCAGAAACGCAGUUUGUCAUUCAGAACCUAGAAGCUCGGAAACUUGUCAUGCUGAGGCAGCACUUGUGGCCUUCUAAUGAUACGCCACCCCGCAUCACAAGUUUCCAGACCCAGACAUAUUUGCACUGGAUAGCCGGCCACGGACUGGCCAUCGGGAACCCGGGUAACUACCACGUGCAGGACCCGCGGGCGCUGUUCUGCUGCAAGGAGGAGCACGAUGCGGGGAUGACGUUCUGGGCCCAGAACCGGGGCGCGCCGAGCGUGGACUUGACGGCGAUCACGAGUGGGACGGAGCGAACAGUCCGCGCGCCGGGGCGGGUGGAAGAUAAUGCUGGCGGAGAAGUACAAGAUCAUGUUGGUGUUGCUGGUCCUGGUACGUCGACGACGAAUCCGUUCAGUGUACAACUAGCUGUUCCUCGUACAACUGACAACAUGAACAACGAGGGACGUCGCACUGAACCGCGGCGACCUGGCUCUACUACUUCGGCAGCGCCGUCGUCUAAUACUUCUUCUCAACGGUAUGUUCCACUCGAAAUGUAUCCAAGGAAAAAAGUGUUACAGCUACACAUUCGUAUGGAGUUUCUGCAUCACAAAGUUGCUCGACACGGCAAAGAACACCUGUGAUGCGCAGAAUGUAAGGGAAGAAAAAACUACACGAAGGAAAUGAGGCUGGCAAGCAUCUCCUGCAUGACAAAGGUUGCCUGUCUUGCUUGUUUCGCAUGAAGACCACAAUGAGUAACUGUAACUACACUUUUUUCUUCGCAUAAAAUGGCCUCGAAUUUCUUUCACGAAGCCGCGGACCAGGAGGAGGGCCGAGCGGCUGCUGCGGAAGUGCAAGUAGGUGAAGAUCAUGUUGGUGUUGAGGGACCACUACAAGCUACGGCGAUAGAUGUUCAUCUACAGCAGGGACGUCUUCAAGGAGCAGCAGGUGAAGUUGUGGAACUUGCGCAAGAUGAUCAUGUUGAAUACGACCGUGACGUGGAGCGUCGCGCGAGCCAAUUUCUAAGCCGGUUUUCCAGGAUGUUUCUGCAGAAGCAAGAUUUUAGUAGUAGCACAAGCGGAAAGAUGAAUCCAAAGACCACGGCCGAGAAACUGCUCCAUAUGCGGGAAGCGCGGGUGGGUGCAGUAGUCAAGUGGCGGCAGCUACUGGAAAAUAUUGGCGAACUGCUGAAGCCGCCAAGAACUCCGCCGAACAGCAAAAUGGGAUUGUUUCGAGCCGAGGACGUGUUUCCCUUCCACGCCUACCACGCGCAGUAUGGCAUCAUUCUCAAACGUUACACUCUCAACUGUUACAGGAACUUGCGAUGCAAGAACAGCAACAGCGCAAGGGGCAAGCUUGCAGCUCUCGCAUCACAAAUGUGACACAGAUUGCAAUGCGGUUUACCCCUUCGAGAAUCUGUCAUGCGAAGAAGCUCGAGCGUCUGGUGGUUUAUGGUAUUUCCGCAUGACAAAUCAUGCAACGGCUGAGAAUGUAAUGGCUGAGAAUCCCAUACGCAGCACCGGGAGAAAUGCCCGAUCCCGAGGUUUUUCUCGACGGCAUUUGUCUUGCAAGUGCCGUUAUGAACCGCAAAUAUCGAUCUGGGUCUGGAAGGAUGCAACUACUUGUGAUGCUGGAUUUGGAUUCUACAAUAAAUCUGUAUUGCAUGAAUAGCAAAAGAGGUCCAGUUUUUGCCAUGACGAGAGGAUAUUUCUGAUGCGGUAUAGGCAUCAAGAAGCCCUCAUAAAAUCUGUGAUGCAGCUAGGGCAUGCAUCGCAGACUUUAGGAAUCAUGCAAAAUGUGCAUGACCAACCUUGCUCCAGCAUCCAUCCAGACCCGGACAUAUUUGCAUUUUGAUAGCCGUAUCAGUACUAAGUAGCAGGCAGCACUUACUGCUAUGAGCGGUGCUGUCAUCUGAUGUUCUGAAGUGAUUGACAAGUAGAAUUUGUGAAUGUACAAUAAGUUGGUGCGGUCUAUCUCUAUUGCGUGGUUUCUAUGGUUCACAUUUUCCGAAAGCCAGCACCGAAACUAGAAGCUCUGAGUGCAGGCUGUACACUAUCAGUACGAGUUUUGCGACCUUGACCGUGAAAUGCACAAGCGUACACUAUGAGUAAAUUCAAUACUGUUUCCAAGAACUGCGUCUGCUAAACUUAAGUGCACAUAAAAGACGAAAAAACCCGAACCCAAAUCAAAGCCGUAAAUCAAAUUG